AUGUUGCUCACGACUGCGUCAAUUAUUCGAGGUGUUUCUGCAUUAGCGAAACAAUCGUCAAGUAGAGCGCUACACACCACUCUUUACGCUAUGGCUCCUAUUAAGGUCGGUGACAAACUGCCGUCGGUAGAUUUGUUUGAAGAUUCGCCGGCAAACAAAGUGAAUAUAUGUGAUCUUACUUCGGGUAAGAAGGUUGUGUUAUUCGCGGUACCCGGCGCCUUCACGCCGGGAUGUUCCAAGACGCAUUUGCCAGGAUACGUGCAGAAUGCGGAGAAACUCAAGUCAGAGGGGGUGGCGGAGAUCCUCUGUGUGUCCGUGAACGAUCCCUACGUCAUGGCAGCUUGGGGGGCCCAGCAUAACACAAAAGGAAAGGUCCGCAUGCUAGCUGACCCAAGUGGCAACUUUGUCAAAGCUCUUGACCUUGGAACAAAUCUUCCACCACUGGGAGGUUUACGUUCUAAAAGGUUCUCAAUGGUCAUUGAUGAUGGUAAGGUUGAAGAACUGAAUGUGGAACCCGAUGGAACUGGUCUGUCCUGCUCCCUCGCCGAUAAGAUCAAAGUGAAGAAGUAA